AUGUUAUUUAUUUAUUAUUUUAGUAUAUUCGCCGCAAAUCGAGAUGAAUACUUAAAUCGACCAACAGCUUAUGCGUCAUGGUGGCAUCCAAAUGUCUUGUCAGGUAUUGAUAAGUUAGGAUUGGGAACCUGGCUAGGAAUAAAUCGUCAUGGCAAUUUUGCUGCCUUAACGAAUUAUCUUGAAGAAUAUCAUCCACCACCAGAUUUAUUAUCCCGUGGAAUUCCUGUAAAAUCAAUUCUUGAAUGUUCCGAAUUAAAAAUCCCUUUAUACAAUCAAUUUGAAGAGAUAUCAAAUAAUUCUAAUAAAUAUGGUGGUUUUAAUUUAAUCGCAUCAGAUUUAAGUCUUUCUAACCCAAAAUUCUAUUAUCAAAAUAAUAGAAGAAAUGAUGGAAUUAAAGAAUUGAAAAGUGCCGAAAUUUACGGUUUAAGUAAUAGUGUAUUGGAAGAUCCCUGGCCCAAAGUUCACAUUGGUAUAGAGGACAUGAAAUCAAUUCUUAAAGAAUCUACCAACGAAUCUGAUAUUGUAGAUCGCUUAUUUAAUUUAUUAAGUAAAACAGAGACACCUGAAAAAUUAAAUAAGGAAACAGAUUUAUGGAAGCAUUCAAUUAGAAUACCAAAAUAUGAUAGGGGAGAUGGAUCAUAUGCCACACGCACGUCAACCGUUAUCCUAGUAGAUCGUGAUAACAAUGUUUUAUUUAUAGAAAAAAAUUUUUUUGAUGAAAAUGAGGAAAUAAAGGAAAAAGAAAAAGGAACAUGGUACAGAUUCUCAUUUAAUAAAUAA